AGUACAGCGUGUCCGAUUGAAAUACGGUAGAAUAUUAAAUACAGAACAGUGACUAUAUGAAGUAAAACUUGAAUCGCACUGAUAACUUUUUCAUUGACUGGACAACGAAUAGAUUAACCUCGUAACAUAUGGCGUUGGUAAUAUUUUCGAAACCAGGGUGAUUAAAAGAAGAGUAUACGUAGUGUAGUGACCGGUGGUGAUAAGUUUACCAAUAUAAAUAAUACAACAACAAACAGCAAUGCCAAUGUUGAUAAGAAAAAUCUAGGAGUCUAGCCCUUCGGCAAUCCGGGAGUGGCUCAGUUCAUCUUUAGCUGGCAUAAGGCAAAACACUUAUGUUUCCGCUGAAGCGUAAAGUUUUUGGUUGAAAAAGCUGAAUAUGCAAAACCUUAUCGGCUUGUACUGAAUGCCAAGCAGUAUUAGUAUUGAUAAACAUUCGGCCAUUAGCCCUGCAUAUCCAGCAUUGCAUGUGAAGCUGUUGGCUCGAGUCCGAUCUCUGACGAAAAUAGUACGCAAAUCAACAAUUUAGAAGCAUCAUCUGUUGUGUUUUCGUUAUAGCAACAGUUCUAGCUAGCUAGUGGACAGUUGGGCGCCGCAAGUUCGCUACAUUUAUUGUGUAAAAAUGAGCGGGGAAGAAGUCGAAAAGGAUGUGUCACGGGUGGAAAAUGGGACAACGGCGGCAGCAGCAGCUGCAGCUGCGGCUAAUGGCGGGAGUGAGCAGCAAGGGUAUGAAAAUGGAAAAAUUAUCGUUCGUUCGUCUCCUGGUGAUCUGAAGCAAAUUGUCCUGGAUGGAUUGGAGAAAAAAGGCGACCGUGGUGUUUGGUUAUGGACACUCUUCAUACUGUGCCUCACGCCGAACAUCCUCAAUGGUUUCCACGUUUCGUCAUACGUAUUUCUGGGCAAAAUGCCGGAGAACUAUUACUGCGUAAUUCCGAGCCUUUUGCAGAAAGGCUGGACACACGACGAGAUUCGGAACAUUUCCACAACCGGUGGAGUGACCAAGAAUGGAACGUGUGCAGUCCUAAACUGGGACUACGGUCUUCUGGCGGAGAUGAACUACCUAGAUGCGGUCGCUUACGUGUCCGGGCAAGAGCGGCCGGAUCAGGUCUCGUGUCUUGGGACCCCUGGUUUUGAAAUGCAUUACGAACAACGACCGGGCGCGUCAAUCGUCCCCGAGUGGGAUCUGAUCUGCGAGCGGACCGCCCUCCGAUCUACUGUGCAGGUUGCUUUAUCGGUUGGCAAGUUCUUCGGGGCUUCUACCUUCGGUGUUCUCUCGGACAAGUACGGACGAAAAAGUAGUUUUACGGUGGCCGCUCUGCUGUACGUGGUCUCCAGCCUACUUACAACAUUUUCGCCUUACUACAUAUUACUGCUAGUCGGUCGAAUCGGAUUGGGGUCAUCGGCUUCCGGAGUUUUCUAUCCGGCAUUUGCACUAUUGACGGAGAACAUUGGCGUUCGGCACCGCUCGUGGAUGAGCAUCGCUUUCAAUUUCUCCUACCCGAUUGGAAUGCUAAUCCUUGCGUUGGCAGCUUACUACAUAGAUCCAUGGCGUGAUUUGUCUUUAGCUUUAACCAUUCCAUCAUUCUUAUUAGUUAUCCAUCUUUAUUUCCUAGUGGAAUCACCCCGGUGGCUGUUGAGCAAAGGUCGUGAGCGUCGCGCUUAUCGUAUGGUCUUUGGUCGCAAAGCUCCUCAAGAGCUCUGUGAUAGUGAUAGAGAGUUAAGCCCAGAAGAGGUGUCGGCAGCUGCUGCUAAAAAUGUAGAUGCACCCAAAGUACCUCUAGGUGUACGCAUCAGGCAGACAUUCAGUGAGUUUACAAAGCUGUACGGAACACCAAAGCUCUGCCGUCGUGCUUUGAUUUGUCACUUUACGUGGUGCGUAACAUCACUCUGCUACUACGUGACAGCGCUUAAUGCAGAUAACUUCGCCGCCAACAGGAAUGUGUACGUUGCUACCACUGGCUCCGUUGAUAUUGUAGCUUAUAUUAUAUCGAUGAUAGUGUUGGCCUAUUUUGGUCGCAAAAGCACUUCAUUUUGCUUUUUCCUGUAUGCUGGCAUUUGUCUGUUGGUGGUUUUAGCGGUGCCCAGGGAAAGCACCACAGUGAUAGUUACGUUAGCUAUGCUAGGAAGGUUAGGAAUUACGGCGGUAUAUGCAGUGGUAACCCUGCAUACCGCCGAGCUGUUUCCAACGGAAAUUCGCAACACCGCUCUUGGCAUCUGUUCGACGAUGGCCCACGUCGGUUCGAUCGCUGCCCCCUAUAUAGUGGAUCUACUCGGUCAGCUAGCCUGGUGGAUUCCGACGACCAUAUGUGGUUUUGCGGUGCUGGUUGCCGGCGCCUGCACCUUAUUGCAUCCGGAAACUAGAGAUGCGGCGCUGAAAGAUCACGCAAAGCAGGAAACCGAUGCAACGGGAGAUAAGGAACCUAUGAAGCAGUAAUAUUAAGUUGAGAUUCCAACGUCGGUGCAGCAGAUUCAGGAAAGCGUGUACGCACGUGUCCCCACGACGGUGUGGACCAUCGCCGUUGGCACAUUAGAAAAAGACCGGAAUCUCCCUGUCAAGUUAAGCUAGUUCUAUUUACAUGUACUCAACUAGAUGUAGCCAUUCUAUAAGAUUUAUCCAAUCGCGCACAACAUUCCACAAUCCGCUCUCGCAAGGGUCACAAACCGGUCCCAGCAUGCAUCGAACCAUACUGCAAGGAAUUGCUGCCGUGCUCGUGGAACGUUGCAUAAUUGCAGCCCUUUCCUAAUUUUCUGUCGAAAAUUACAUAUCAGAACCAAACUUAAGAAAUACAUUUGCCUGC